AUGAGUGAGCCAUCAGAACUUGAUAAUGAAAAAAACAAUUCCACCCAAGAACAUGCAGACUCAAGUUUUCCUGAGAGAGAUUGUCAAAUUGGACAGAAGCAACUGCAACAAAUAGAGCGACAACUGAAAUCCUUAGCCUUUCAAAACCCAGGACCUCAGGUUGCAGACUUCAAUCCUGAAACCAGAGAGCAGAAGAAGAAGGCCCACAUGUCAAAGAUGAAUGAGUAUUUUUCUGUGAACAAAGUGAUGAAGAAAUAUGACAGAAAUGGCCGAUUGAUAUGUAAUGAUGUAGACUUAUGUGACUGCCUGGAGAAGAACUGCCUAGGAUGCUUCUAUCCAUGUCCCAAGUGUAAUUCAAACAAAUGUGGACCAGAAUGCCGCUGUAAUAGAAAAUGGGUCUAUGAUGAUAUUGUAACUGAGGCUGGUGAUAUUAUCAGCACAUUGCCUUUUUUUGUUCCUGACUGA